GUCCCAGAGCGGCACGGGGCGUGACGCAUCUCUGACGCACGGUCAGCCUCCAUCGCUAGACGACCCAGCUGACAAACACCACCUAGAAACCAAAGCAGCUACCUCGAUGUGCGGAAAUAUGUAGUUCAUAUCUACACUGGAUUAAAAAUAAGGGGGCUUUUACGGAGAUUGAGCUGUUGAAUGGUGAGGCUACCAUGGGUGGCCAUGACGAUGACAUGUCAUAUGCAAUCAAUAAACAAAAGCAGGACGAGGAGCUCAAGAACAACCUGAAUGACAGCGGACACUGGGUGGACCAGGAGUCCACCGGCAACAACGCCAAAUGGGUCAAAGAAGGACGCAACCAGCUGCGCAAAGUAGCCAAGCACCAAGACCACAACUGCAAUAUCAACCAGAAUGGCAACGAGGAGGACUUCCUCCUGCACAAGCUCUCCACCGAGGGAGAGCAACAGGGGGUGCUGGGCAAGUCCCCAAAGACCGCCAUCAUCCCCGACCUGAACGAUGAGGAGUCCUCCAAAGUCCUCAUCGACUCCCUGGAGGCCCCAGAGGAAGAGGAGGAGGAGGAGCAGCGGAAGGAGGAGGACGACAAAGAGAAGGAGGAGGAGAAGUCCGAGGAGGAGGAGGAGGAGGAGGAUGAGUCCAGCGUAGCGGAAGGGGAGCGGGCAGUGGAGGAGGAGCAGCGCAGCGACACAGAGUCCCAGAGCGAGGGGGCGGCGGUGGGGAGGAACACCUGCCUGCUGUUCUCCAACGUGAGUGGGACGCCCAGCGACGAGGAGGCCAGCUGGCCGGCACUGUCCCAGGAGGCCACAGACCAGGCCCCCGACAGCACCCCCAACGGCAACAGAGAUACCUUCUGGGAGUCCAACGCCUUCGAGACGGACACGGACCUGCCCUCUGGCUGGAUGAGGGUGCGGGACACCUCGGGGACCUACUACUGGCACAUCCCCACCGGCACCACCCAGUGGGAGCCCCCCUCGGCAGGACAAGCUGGGGACUGCGUCAUGUCCUCCAGCAUGUCCCUGGAGACCACCCCUGCGAGGAAAAGAGGUGAGGAGCCGUGGGUUCAUCUUUCCCACCCUGACGAAGGAGCCUCUGAUACAGAGCUGUGGAAGGAGGCUGAGGUGACCUCUGACCAGAGCUUAAAGGAGUUUGAGGGGGCGACGUUGCGCUACGCUCUCUUUAGCUACAACUGUUCCCAGUCUGAGGAAGAGCUGAAGCUCCGGCCCCUCUGCACAGAUCUGGAGUCCAAGUGCUUCGCCGUGCGCUCUGGCUGGGUGGAGAUGUCUGAGGACGACAUGGCCCCGGGGAAGAGCAGCGUCGCCGUCAACAACUGCAUCCGCCAGCUGUCCUACCACAAACACAACCUGCACGACACCGUGGGCAUCUGGGGGACAGGGAAGGAUAUGCUGAUGGUCCUGGAGAACGACACCAUGAACCUGAUCGACCCCCUGGGCCAGACCCUGCUGCACGCCCAGCCCAUCGCCAGCAUCCGAGUGUGGGGCGUGGGGAGGGACAACGGCAGGGAAAGGGACUUUGCGUACGUCGCCCGGGACAACCUGACCCAGGUCCUCAAGUGUCACGUGUUCCGCUGUGAUUCGCCAGCCAAGAACAUCGCCACCAGCCUGCAUGAGAUGUGCUCCAAGAUAAUGACUGAGAGGAAGGCCUCCAAGCCAGGCCUCAGCAGGCUGGACUCGGACUCCCCCAGACCCAUGGUCCAGGAGUUCCCCGCCCCAAAAAGCGAGCUCUUCCAGCGCUUCCACGUCUACUACCUGGGGAACGUGGCCGUGGCCAAGCCCGUCGGGGUAGACAUGGUGAAGAGGCUUGAAGUUGCUAUGAAUGCGAAAGACAAACAAGACUGGACCCCUGUUUCUGUCAACGUGGCCCCGGCUACCCUCACCAUACUCUCAAGACAGACGGAGGAGGUGCUGUCAGAGAACCGCGUGCGCUUCCUGUCCUUCAUGGGCGUGGGGAAGGACGUCCACUCCUUCGCCUUCAUCAUGGCCGAAGGCCCGCGAGACUUCAUCUGCCACAUGUUCUGGUGUGAGCCCAACGCCGCCAGCCUGAGCGAGGCGGUCCAGGCCGCCUGCAUGCUCCGCUACCAGAAGUGUCUGGACGCGCGGCCCCCCAGCCUGGCCUCCUGCCUGCCCACCCCCCCGGCCGACUCGGUGGCACGCCGCGUCAAGAAGGGGGUCCAGAGUCUGCUGGGCAGCUUCAAGGGCUACAAGGCUGCCCCCCAGUCCCCCUGAGGACCCGCAGGAGGCCACCGUCACGGCUCCCAUAACCUCCUCUUCCUCACCUCCCCAAGUACCUCUCCCUUCUCCUCCUCCUCUCCUCCUCCUCCUCUUCCUCUUCCUCUUCCUCUUCC